UGUCCACGCCGCGGUGUCCAAUUAAUUAAUGCGCGCGAGUGGCCGUAAUGUAAUUAUGUCCAAUCAGCCCCUGCAGCGCCGCCAGUUCCUGGCCUGGAACACACAAGGCCUCCGACGACUGGUGAAAAUUUCGAGGCGAUCGCCAGUUAUACGCGCAACUGGCUGGCGGCCGGACAUGGAUUUCGACGAGGUGCUGCGGGAGGUUGGGUCCUUUGGCCUCUACCAGAAGGUCAUCAUAUGUUCUGUGCUACUGCCGGCAGCCCUGCCCUGUGCCUUUCACGCCUACAGUCAGUUGUUUAUAGCUGCUACGCCCCAGCACUGGUGUCGCGUCCCGGAACUGGAGCCCUGGCUCCAGGACUAUGUUCCGCUGGUAAAGAAUCUUAGUAUUCCGCGAGAUAGCCAGGGCGUCUAUGCCGAGUGCUCCAUGUAUGCGAGAAACUACAGCGACAUCGUUCGAUAUCUGGAGUAUCGUCCGCCCCCGGAACUGCUGCGCCAACAGGCCGAUGAUCUUCUGAAGCAGCUUCCGGAUAAUGCACAAGUGGUUCCUUGCCAACACGGAUGGAACUACGAUCGGUCUAUAUAUUCCAGUACCGUGGUGCAGGAGUGGAACCUGGUAUGUGACCAGAGUUUUCUGGUGACCCUGGCUCUGGUGAUCUUUGGCGUGGGUGGUCUUUUGGGCAACUAUGUGUUUGGCUAUCUGGUGGACCUGUGGGGCAGGAGGCCCUCCUUCUAUGCCUAUUUGCUGAUGGAGAUUGCAGCCUGUGCUGCUAGUGCCUUCGCCUGGAACUACUACUCCUGGCUGGGUCUGCGCUUUGUGGUUGGACUGACUGUGCCGGCCAUCCUGGCCAGUCCCUAUGUCUUGGCCAUCGAGCUGGUGGGUCCGGAGCGGCGCGUCUUCUGCACCAUCGUAUCGAACAUUGCCUAUUCCCUGGGCCUGGUAGUGCUGGCUGGAGUGAUCUAUGUGGUGCGAGACUGGCGGGAACUUAGCUUGGCAGUGUCCAUGCCCUUGCUGAUGCUCUUCUCCUGCUUUUUCGUGCUUCCGGAGUCGCCGAGGUGGCUGAUGGCCGUGGGAAAAACGAAACGAGCCAUGAGGAUCCUGAAAAUAAUGGCCCGUGUCAAUGGCGUGCGAGUGAACCGCGACUUUGUGGAGAGAUUGGAGCGAAGAUUGGCUACCACUAGAGCGGCAGAGGCAGAAUCAUCGGCUGCUAGCAGGCACUAUGGGAUCUUGGACCUCUUCCGGGGAACCAAUAUGCGGCGCAAGACCCUGAUCAUCACGCUGAUUUGGUUUGCCAACACCAGUGUCUAUGUGGGAUUGAGCUACUACGCCCCGGCCCUAGGAGGCGAUGAGAUCUGGAACUUCUUUCUAGCCGGAGCCGUGGAAUUGCCUACCUAUCUACUACUCUGGCCGGGAUUGAGCUACUUUGGCCGACGUUGGAUCCUGUUUAUCUCGAUGCUGGUUGGAGGCGUGGCCUGUGUGGCCACCUUUCUCUAUCCAGACAUCACACUGCUCCUGUACUGUGUGGGAAAGAUGGGCAUAAGCUCCUCCUUUGUGGUACUCCCACUCCUGGCCUCUGAAUUGUACCCAACGGUAGUGCGUGGACUGGGCAUGAGUUUUAGUUCAGUGGUGGCCAUGGUGGGUCCGAUUGUUAUUCCUCUAAUUAACCACAUGGGACAACAAAUGCUGGUGCUUCCUUUGAUCGUAAUGGGAGCCCUGCUCAUUGUGGGCGGCUUUGCCAGUCUCUUACUACCGGAAACACGCAACCGCAAUCUGCCGCAAACCUUGGAAGAAGGAGAGGCUGUUCCACUUAGCUUCCUUCUUUGCUGUUGCGUUGAAAACGAACCAAAGCCAAGAAGUCCACCGGUGAGGACUCCCCCGCCAAAUAGAGGAAUUCCUCAGAGUGGGGUCAGAGUGUUACCAAAUUUGGAAAGCCCUGUCCCCAAUCGUGACCCCAGCAAGGUUGUUUGUAGCAUAUGUAAAAAAGAAAUGCGUACAUUGUAG